CUGGCGAGAGGAGAAAAGGCAUGAUAAUCAGUAUCUGAGGGUCAGAGAAAAAAAAAAAAACAGAUUAAUUCGCAGGAUGUUUAGUGAACCCACCCAUCAAGCUCGGAAGGAGUCUGUCCAUCUAAGGCAGAAGUUGGAAUGCUUAUGAGACCAGCACAGGGACAAAAGGUGACCCUGUCCUGAAGACCUAUGGAGCCUGCUACUUCCCUGCAGUCUUGCCUGUUAGCCUCCCUUCUCUUCUUCCUGGUCCUCAGCCUGUUUGUGCUGGUCUCAGCCCAGUUUACUGUCGUGGGACCAGCUGAGCCCAUCCUGGCCAUGGUAGGAGAAAAUACCACACUGCGCUGCUGCCUGUCACCAGAGAGAAAUGCAGAAGACAUGGAGGUGCGGUGGUUUCGGUGGCAUUUCUCCCCGGCCGUGCUGGUGUACAAAGGCCAUCAAGAGAGAACAGAGGAGCAGAUGGCCGCAUAUCAAGGAAGAACCACAUUCGUGAGCACAGACAUCAGCAAGGGAAGAGCAGCGCUCGUUAUCCACAAUGUCACAGCCUAUGACAACGGCAUCUAUGGCUGUUACUUCCAGCAAGGCAGGUCCUAUGAUCAGGCCAUCAUGAGGCUCCUGGUGGCAAGCCUGGGCUCUAAGCCCCUCGUUAACAUGAAGACCCUUGAGGAUGGGAGCAUCUUGCUGGAGUGCAUAUCUGAAGGGUGGUACCCGGAGCCCCAAGCUGUUUGGAGAGACCCCUAUUAUGAAGUCGUGCCUGCCCUGGAGGAAGACUAUACAGCUGACAGAGGAGGCCUCUUCACGGUCACCAUGACUGUGAUCAUCAGAGACUGUUCUGUGAGGAACAUGACCUGCUCUGUUAACAACACCCUGCUCAACCAGGAGAUAGAGAGUGUGGUUUUCAUUCCAGAAUCCUUCGAGCCCAGCCUUCCUCUCUGGAUGGUGGUCAUGGCUGUCACUCUGCCCGUUCUAAUGUUGAUCCUUCUCACAUCUGGAAGUAUCUUCCUUGUCAAGAAGCAACACAGGAAAAAAUUGAUCUUGUCCGCUGAGAAAGAAGUCGAAUAUGAAGAAAAAGAAGCUACACGGCAACUUCAAGAAGAAUUACGAUGGCGAAGAACCCUCUUACAUGCCGCUGAUGUGCUUCUGGAUCCAGAUACAGCUCAUCCUGAGCUCUUCCUGUCAGAUGACCAGAGAAGUGUGAGACGAGGUGCUUCGAGGCAGAGCGUGCCUGACAACCCUGAGAGAUUUAACUGCCGGCCCUGUGUCCUGGGCCAGGAGAGCUUCUCCUCAGGGAAGCAUUACUGGGAGGUGGAGGUGGAAAACGUAAUGGUGUGGACCCUUGGCGUUUGUAGAGACGAUGUUGAAAGGAAAGGGGAGGCCCUGCUGGUUCCUCAGAAUGGCUUCUGGACCCUGGAGAUGUUUGGAAACCAGUACAGAGCCCUGUCCUCCCCAGAAACUAUCAUACCUCUGAAAGAGCGUCUUCACCGAGUGGCCAUCUUCCUGGACUGCGAAGCUGGAGAUGUUUCUUUCUACAACAUGAGAGACAGAUCACACAUCUACACAUGUCCCCCUGUGGCCUUCGCUGGACCCCUGAGACCUUUCUUUAGGCUUGGUUCUGACGACAGUGCCCUCUUCAUCUGCCCAGCAUUCACAGGGGCUCAGGGAGUCACAAUACCUGAGGGUGGGCUGAUCCUAUAUAGGACAAGACCAGUUUCUCUGAGCCAUGGAAAAAAGCCAUAGCCUUCACCUCCCUCUACACAGCACCUUAAGAUGGAGAGCAGGCCCUAUGCCCCUGCCCCUUCGCUCACUGCGAGCAUCUUCCAGCUGCCCCCUUCAUGCAUAAUUCAGCCCCAUGGCCCAGUUCACUCCUUCGGCCAUUCAUUUGCUUUUAACUAGGGGACCCAGUCUUAUUAAUAGGACCACUGCUAUCACACAGCUCUCGGAGAAGAAAGCGCGAGAAAGGGAGGGGCAGAGAACUUGCAGCUUCAACAUGCUGCACUGGUCACAGUGGGCAAGUCAAGGGCAAUAGGCUUCAUCGGGAUGUAAGAAGGAGAGAAUUUCAUAGGAAGGAGACAGAGAAAUGAUAUAUACAAAUGAUUAAGCUCUUCUUUUGGGUUUAUGCCUAUUAAGAUUUAUUAUUUUUGUUGUUGUUUUUAUCUUGAGACACAGUCUUACUGUGUAGCACUGCUGUUGAAAUCUUGACUCUCUUGCCCCAUCUUUUUUUUUUUUUUUUUUUUUGUUCUUGUUAUCAUUCUUUCAAGACAGGAUCUCAUUAUGUAUCUCUGGCUGU